CAGCUUUCGGCUAAGUAAAAAGAUAGAAAACAAAUUCAAAAUCUUUUUGAGCACUUUCGACCAAACCAAAUUACAGCGUGUGCGCUUCAAUUGUUUUGAUCUGCAAAGUGUGCGCUGAGUAACGGACACAGGAGCAAUAACAACAAUAACUACAAAUUCGAAUGCAGCAUCAACAAUUAGGUUGAACCGAAAAUGGAUCAUUGGAAAUGGCUUUACCACAUCCUCGACUUUGCUAUAAUAUGGACCUCAUUUAUACGUCUACCCCUCACCAUGAGCAAGCCACUUAACAUUUGGGGUAUGUGGUAUGAGGAAAGUGCCAACCUGCAGGUCUCUGUGGAAUGGCCAUCUGAUAAGGAAUAUUAUGUAUCUGUCUGUUUUACGUUCUUCAAGUUUCUGGCCACUAACUAUAUGUGCAAUCAUACAUCAGUACUUAAGAUACCGUCUCUGCGACGCAGCUAUUUGUGCUUUUGGGUAUGGGUGCUGCCCUGGUGCCUUGGGGCAACAAUUGCCUCGGUCUGUUACAGUCCCAUCUGGGCCAUCUUUGUUAUACCGUACAGAUGGCGUGUUGCUGACGCGGACUUUUACUGUUUCCUCAUGCUGACCAUACUGAUCCUGAAGCUAUCCGCUAUUUAUGGAUCCAUUCUCAAAUCCUCGCGCACCUUCAUGCAUCAUUUGCUGAAUAAUCCGAACGUAAUGGACCACACAUAGCAGGACAGAUACUGCCAUCUCUAUUUGAAUUUGAAUAAAUUGAAAACGCGUUGUAUGCAUUAAUA